UACACUGGUAGAAAUGGCGACCACUGUACUGCGGCAGCCGCUGCGGCUCUUCACCAGAAAUGGGGCCUUACUGGGCCGAAACAGCGGCUCCAGAUCCUCGACCAUAUCCAGGACCACCUCGAUCCGAACCGCAGUGUCGACGUCCUCCGGAGCCAUCCUCCCCAAGCCGGACAAAACACCAUUUGGCCUUUUCCGCAUGACAGUGGUGGUGGUGCCUUUCCUGUAUGUGGGAACUCUCAUCAGCAAGAACUUUGCUGCUCUCUUGGAGGAACACGACAUCUUUGUCCCUGAGGACGAUGAUGACGAUGACUGAACUACCUUCAGAGAAUAAAUGGGUGCUUUGCAAUACUGACUGAAAGCAUACCAGCCACAUCAAGGAAGAUGGAGAAGAUGGAGCAUUUUGACUACAAAUACCUCCCUCUACCUCCACCCAUCUCCCAUAUCACUCAUGUGCUACAUAUCUUGUUUGCAUUAAAAUUAUUUUAGAAAAUUCAUAUCAUGUGAGGCUAUAAAACUGCUAGUUGAGCUCUCACUCUUGUUUGCAUGUUUCUGUCUGUCAACUCAAUAAACAGAGUCGAAUACA